AUGGAGGCCGCCGCCGGCGAGAAGAUGCGCUUCGGCGGCGUCGGCUCCAAGCUCAAGGGCAAUUUCAAGGACGUGGAGGACGAGAAGCACAGGGCUGUCUACGAGAGGCUCGCCGACUCCGACCAGAAGCUGCAGUACUUCUCCGCGCGGCAGAUUGGCUGCCGUUUGCUAGGGUGCAGAGGGUAUCUGUGCCAGAAGUGCUGGCUACCAACUGAAGACUGUACGUGCACAAAUAUUGUUCCUUGCAAUCUUUGGAAGGAGAUGAAAUUAUGGCUAUACAUGCACCCAAAGGAAAGAGGCACGUAA